AUUCUCACCUUCAAUACGUUCGCCCGCUUGCUUCUUCGUUUUGCUUGUUUCUUAGUCAACGCCCACCUAAAGUCUCUCCUUUAACACCCUCUUCGGCCUAUCUCACAGGCCAUUUUGCAACGAUGGCCGCAAAUUAUGAUGCAUUGGGUAGUCAGGCCAGAAAUUCACCUUACGGGUCUGGAGACCCAUACUACAACGAGUCGUCAGGUUACAUUACACCCCAUCGCCCGGUCAAGAAGCCAGUCAGUAAAUGGGUCAAGUUCGGCAUACCCGUCGCCGUUGUCGUUAUUGCUGGCGCAGUUCUGGGUGGCGUUUUGGGCAGUCGCUCAAGUAAGAACGCUUCGACACAGAGCGCGGCGGCAGCUGGCGCCGCUGCCACCUCAGCCAUCAGCGCGAAAAAUAAUGUCGGUCGUUUCGCCACAGCAACAGACAGCCAGUACUUAGUGCCAAUAUACCCAAUGACCACCAACACUGCUGCCUAUACUACUCCUACAUUCGUCUCUACCAACAACUCUAGUCUUGCCUGGCCGCAAGAUCCUUUUCAACCAUCCAAUCCCAGCCCGACAUCAGUUCGUUCCGACAGGCCUCGCCUCAUCGCUCCUUCUUACAUGUGGGAGUCCCUUCCCAACCUCAUUCAAAAUGAUCCAUAUCUUUCCGGUUGGAAUGACACUAUUUUCGGAAAUGCAACGCAAUACAUGGCCCUGUCCCCUGUCGCAUAUUACUUGGAUGGCGGUAAUGGUAUAUUGGAUCCUGCUCGUGAGGUCAAACAACGUGUCAAAGCAUUCUCUUACGCAUACCGCAUGACCAAUGACACGAAGUGGCUGGACCGCACUUAUAUCGAGUUGCAGAAUGCAGCUGGCAACUUGACUGGUGGUUGGGGUCCUGAUAAUUCCACAAAAUGGAACCCUACUCACUUCCUCGACACUGCUGAGCUCACUGCAGCCUAUGCUAUCGCUUAUGACUGGCUGUAUAAUGCGUGGACACCCGCUCAAAGAAGCUCGAUCAUGGCUACCAUGAUCACGUAUGGCCUUAAUAACGGGGUCAUCGCUUACAGUAACAACGACCCUGCGGCCUACGGCUGGUGGAAGACUAACACAGAGGGCAACUGGAACUGUGUUUGUAAUAAUGGCCUUACCAUGGGUGCGCUUGCUAUCCUCGGAGAUGACACCACCGGUAUCGCUGCACAACUUCUUGCCCUGACCGUCCCCAAUGCCCUCCAGAACUGUGCUCUUGCUCCUUCGAGCGACGGCACAUGGUCUGAGACAGCCAACUACUGGUACUUCGGUACUACGGGCCAUGCCGAGUUGGCGUCUUCGCUGUUAACCGCUACUGGUUCCACAUACGACCUUCUGUCCGUCAAUCCCGACUUCCAAUUGACCGGUCAAUACCACAUGUAUGUGUCCGGCCCCGGUUCCCUCUUCAAUUACGGCGAUUGUGGUCCAAACAAGUACUCCACCACUGCCAACGCCAUGAUGUUCUACGGCCAGCAGUACAACAUGCCACAAUACCAGCUUUUCCAACGUGAUCAAUUCGACGCUGCUGAGCCAUGGAGUAUGUUCUGGUACAACCCUGCUGUUACUGGUGCUUUCUGGGAUGGUCUAGCUCUCGACCAUUUCUUUGAUAAUAGCACUGAUCAAUGGGGCUCCAUGCGAUCCAGUUGGACAGAUGAGAACGCUCUUUAUGUUGCCGUUAAAGCAGGCACGCUGCAGGGGCACCAGACGCACAACGACCUUGAUUGCGGCGACUUUGUCGUUGAUGCUCUUGGUGUUCGUUGGUUCGGAGAGCUUGGGUCUGGGGACUACAAUUCAGUUGGUUACUUCAGCAAUGACGCUCAGGACAGUCAGCGAUGGUUGUACUACCGCAAAAUGACGGAGGGCCAGAACACCAUUUUGGUCAACCAGGCGAACCAAAAUGUCCUUGCCGCUCCGACUGUCAGGCACGACACUUCGGGUACGGUUCAAGGAUCCAGUACUGUGAUGAAUGUUCCUGGUGACUCCAGUGCCUACUUCGUUGCGGACCUGACGAGUGCAUAUUUCAACGUUACCUCGUUUUCCCGCGGUGUUCACUUGAUCAAUGGACGCAAGCAGGUGCUCAUCCAGGAUGAGAUCAACGCUUCAGCCUCUGUUAUGUGGCGAGCACACACCAACGCAACUAUUUCCUUGAGUGCAGAUAGCUUGACCGCUACACUCACCAUCGGUUCUGCGACCACCACUGUUCAACUGCUCAAUCCUCCAUCUGGCGCGGUGUUCACCACCAUGAAUCCUGUUCGGUUCGCUAGUGACCCCACCCCCCCACAAGCUGAUCAGACUAAUGACGGUGUGACUGUCCUGGUGAUCAGUCUGCCUGCUGGCACGUACACGUUGGAAGUGCUCAUUAACCCACAAUGGCCAGGAAUGUCUGCGAGUUCAUACAUGACCCCGGGCUCUGUGGCUCUGAGCCAGUGGUCGCUGACUAGCCCUUCUUCUUAGUUCACAUUUACUUCGGACACUUUCGUUGUUAUGCGAUGAUGGACGUUUGCAAACGAGAUUGAGUUUUCUUGGGUUGCCAAUUGUUUCACCCUUUAGUACGGAACUUCACUGAUUAGCCUACAUAUCGUGAUGUGUUCCCUCCGUUGUGCUUUUGGAGCACGGAUAAUUUACCAUCGAGGACGCGUGUUGUAGUUUAUACCAUCUACAUGAGUUUCAGG